GUGCUUCCUCAGUUUCAGUUGAGGCAGACACAGUAACAGGCUCAUCACAAUCAUCCUCAUCAGGCUUUUCCCCUUACUGUCCUGUAAGCCACAUAGAGAGGUAGCCAUGAAUUACAGGACUGUAGUGAUGUACAUAGAGAUAGGCUGUUUUGUGGUGUGUGUGAGUGGAUGGAUCCUGGUCUGCUCCACCAUGCCAACUGAGAUUUGGACCUGGUCUGAAGUAAGCAGCAUUGUCCUGACUACAUCGAACUACUUCUCCAAUCUUUGGAAGGACUGUGUUUCUGACUCAACCGGAAUGUCUGACUGCAAGGGCAUCCCUUCCCUGUUUGCAUUGAGCUGGGACAUUCACAUGUGUAGGGCUCUGAUCAUUACUUCUAUCAUCCUGGCAUUCUUUGGGUCUAUUCUGGUCUUGGUGGGGAUGAAGUGCACCAAACUGGGAGGAUCGGAGAUUAUAAAUGCAAGGGUAACAUUUGCUGGAGGGAUGAACUACCUGGUCUCAGGGUUGUGUUCUAUGGUGGCUUUUUCCUUUUUUGGAAACAAAUUAAGAGCAGAAUUUCAUGAUAUGCAUUUUAAGGAACAAAAGUUUGAAAUAGGAGUUGGUGUGUAUAUUGGCUGGGGAGGCUCCACAUUGCUAGUUGUGGGAGGCCUUCUUUAUAGUAUCUUUGCAGGGAAGGAAGGCUGCAACUCAAGUUCAGACAGAAAGCAGCAGCCUCCCUAUAGGAUUUCUGAGGCCAACAUCGUGUUACCUUCAGAGGCUCCAGUUAAACAGACCUACGUAGUGUCAUCACAACGCACAGAGGGUGGACAGAGUCGGAAGUCAAAGGCCAGCAGUGACAGCCAAGUUAGCAAUGUCACUGAGAUCAGCAGAAAAACCAAACCUUUUGCCACGAAUGCUUAUGUGUGACCUAUUACAACUGUGCACAUAAACGGAAAUAAAGGUGAUACAAAUGAAUGAAUGUUUCCUGGCACCUUUGGCAUUCAAGAAUGAAA